CAGUGGGUCUCCACAUCGUAGCCCAUGGUCCAAUUCUAGAAUCUCAAAAGAGAAAGACAACUCAUUUGAUUGGACUCUCUAACUAUUCACAGUAUGGCUCGUUUCAUGGACAAUGGUUCUGAACGGAUGGUACGUAGCCUUAUAUUGCGGAUCCAGCUUUGGGGCCCUGGGCCUUCUUAAACCGGGUCUCUCCCUGUCCCUGCGCUGCUUUCUUUCUUCAAUUGCAUUCUUUCAGAUUAAAGAAGAAACCACUUCAAUCCCCUUUCUUAUAAAAACACUCCAUUCAAAGACACAAUGUUUGGUGAAGGCAUCCUGAGCUGGUUCCGCUCCAACAAGGAGUCGGCCCCCGAGACCACCUGGGACGCUAACACAUUGACCAUGACCCAGCCCCAAAGCCCGGCUGGACUUCCUACUGAGGGUGUUGUUACCGGCCAGCCUAUGCCGAACAACAACAUGGAACUGAGCCUUCGUGGUGGUGGCCCUCCCCCCGGACCCGGUGAUGACUGCUGCUGCUGCUUCGACUGCUUUUGCUGCUGUGGUGACUGCUGCGGCCCCGAUGGUCCCCCCGGCGGUUUCGGUGGCCCUGGUGGCCCUGGUGGCCCUGGUUUCGGCGGUCCUCCGGGUCCUGGUGGUCCUGGUGGUCCUGGUGGCCCUGGUGGCCCCGGCGGCCCUGGAGGCUGGUGAUAAUAUCCAGCAACGAUCAUGUUUUGUUUACUCGUUUUAUCCGCCACGCCCGAAUUUGAUACCACUAUGUUGAACAUGCUGUUGUGGCGCAACGAGAGAUUGCCUCUCUUGUUUGCGGGAUGGACUACUUCUGGAGUGUUAUUGUGUAUAAGGCGCAGGAUGGAUACAUGCUUUGCGCGCCUAUUUCUUGUACAAAUUUAUGUCAUUUUUGUUGAAACCGUUCGAUCAUACUUCUGCGGGAAGGAACUACUUUAUCAAGGACAAACAUUUGUUUCUUGCCUGUAUACUUAUCAAUUGUCAGGCCUCCUACUCCGUA